AUGGCUCAGCUUGGGGGCCAGCUUACUCAGUGGUCCUGGUCAAAUCCAUUCUCUAUGGACCCAGUUUCUUCUUAUGCACAGUGGGAGCAAUCCUGCUUGUGCCAGGCCAUGUUUGAACCCCAGGACUAUAAGAAAGAUGAGUGCUUCAUGGGUCUGUCUCCUCUUGAUCACAGGGAGCCAACACCAGCUGCUACCAUGGCAUCGCGCAUUGGGCUGCGCAUGCAGCUCAUGCGGGAGCAGGCACAGCAAGAGGAGCAGCGGGAGCGCAUGCAGCAACAGGCUGUCAUGCAUUAUAUGCAGCAGCAACAGCAGCAGCAGCAGCAGCAGCAGCAGCAGCAGCUGGGAGGACCACCAACCCCAGCCAUCAACACCCCGGUCCAUUUCCAGUCACCACCACCUGUGCCCGGGGAGGUGCUGAAGGUGCAGUCCUACCUGGAGAACCCCACUUCAUACCACCUGCAGCAGUCCCAGCACCAGAAAGUGCGGGAGUACCUGUCAGAGACCUACGGGAACAAGUUUGCUGCCCACAUCAGCCCUGCCCAGGGCUCCCCAAAGCCCCCACCAGCCGCUUCCCCUGGGGUGCGGGCUGGACAUGUGCUGUCCACCUCGACUGGAAACAGUGCCCCCAACAGUCCCAUGGCCAUGCUGCACAUCAGCUCCAACCCUGAGAAGGAGGUGAGUUAGGGCCACCUGUGCUGGGGGACUUCA